CCGGAAAGAGAGGAGCGAUUUUCGGUGGACGUAACCGUCCGAAGACGAAUACCUCGCACUUCAGGAGCCUGGAACCCGCAGUCCGCCAAAUAAUGAAAAGGGCUCAGAGGGAACUGUAUCCGCUCGUCGAGGAUCUCAUCUUCGACGCCGAAAUCCCGCAGGAGUGUGGUGCUGCUUUCCAGAAAAUCAUGAUCGGUCUGCAAAAUCUGGAAUAUUGGGCCAUUUCGUUUGCGGGAUCUUCAGGGGGACUGCCGUCAUUCCUCGAAGGCAAUUACGCGGACCUUGGGAACUACGAUGCGUGUGUAAGCUCCACAGCAAGAGAUUCAGAGGGAGAAAUCGCCUUCACAGGACGAUACUGUACUCUCCUGCUGAAUGUUUACAAUCCUCUUCUCGAGAAAAUUCUCAUCAACGCGGCGGAGACUCAACCCCACAUUUCGGAUCUCUUCUUCAACAAUACCGACCACUUCGUUGAGUUUUCCGAAAACCAGUAUCUUCGCAUCGGAAUUUGCAUCCCAUCGACCUGUCGUGGCGAAAAUAUCGAAUACGCCGUCGAGAAACCAAAGUGUUAUGUGAGGCAUUCUGACAUUCGAUGUCUCAAAUAUUCUCAGGAUUUUCGGAAGGACGGUAAUUCGGGAAGUCUGUUCCGCAGUGCUGUCAUAUUGAUUCUGGUGGCCCUUUGUGUUCUCGGGAGUUUCUUCGAUGCCCAGGAGGGCGCUUAUACAGAGUGCAAAGGAGGCAUGUCCAGCAGAGCCAGGGAGAUCGUUCGCUGUUUUUCAAUUCAAAGCAGUUGGACAUCAGUCUUUGACUUCGAAGUGCGGCCGAACGACAAGUAUUUAGCCUGCGUCCACGGGAUCAGGGCCCUGACCGCUAUCUACAUAAUCUGGUGCCAUGUAUACAGUGUCGUUGAUCCGCUCAGCAUCCAAAACGGCGCGCUCUUGAUCAGGUGGUCGAGGUACGAUAUCUCCUUCGUGCCCGUGUAUAUGGGAGUUCUGACUGUCGAUACGUUCUUCUGCAUUUCUGGAGCCAUGACGCUACGGACCUUCUACAAGGGGUCCCAGAAGAAAAAGGGGUCUCUCCUCGCAACUAUUUGCUCAGAUCUGUUGCGCCGUUGGAUCCGGCUGGCGAUUCCCUCGGUCGCAAUCAUCGGCUUGUACACGAUGAUGUUCUUCAUUGUCUCCGGUCCACUGAAGGAUUUCGCAGAACCUUUCUUCUGGGGACGUUGCGAAGAAAUUUGGUGGACGAUCCCAACAAUGCUCAGCAAUGUCAAUCGAGUUGAGGAUUCGUGCCUCCUACACCUCUGGUACGUCGGAGCGGAUUUCCAGCUGAGGGUUCUCUUCAUCCUUCCUGUGAUCGCCAUCGCAUCGAGAUCCAAGUUCAGAGCUGUCGGAAUCGUCUUCGCAGGAGCAAUGGGCCUCGCAUCUGUGCUUUACGUAUCACUUACCACGUACUACAACAAGAUUAUUCCGGCAGCUAUACCUUCGCCGAGAUUACUCCCCCAUCUCCUUGACAUGUACUACUACGUUCACUCCACGCCCUUCACUCGUUUGGCAAGUUUCGCAUUGGGAGUUGGCGUCAUGUUCGUCAUCGAAGAGCAGCGAAGCGGUAAAAUGAAAGCCUUCCCGAGAUCGGUCAUGCUGUCGCUCCAUAUCGGAAUACCCUUGAUCUCAGUCAUCAACUUCUACCUGCCGUACUACUGGCAGCUGGGCGGCGACCCCUGGACUGUGUGGAGCGCUCUAUACGCGGGCUUGGUUCGAGGGAUAUGGAGCCUAGGCGUAAGCUGGCUGAUCUACAUUUGCGCUAUGGGCUGCGGGGGCGCAGUCAAUUGGAUUCUCACACUGCGGGCACUCGUCCCUAUAUCGAGGCUCUCCUUCAGCAUCUACCUGAUACAUAUCCUAGUGUUAGAAGUCAAGCUCCUGCAGAUGAGAGGAACCCACGAGCCAGGGCAUUACCUACAAACUAUAACAGCUCUCGGCUUAACUCUUCUCUCCAUCUUCUGCGCAUUUAUAUUCUACAGCUUGGUCGAGAAUCCAGUGGCCAAUCUCCUGGAGCUUUUCCGCCGCAAAAACGAUGAAUCGUCACUGCCACAUACUGGGGCAGAAAAAUUAUCCAAAAACUCCGAGAACCAACUGAAGCAAAAUAAAAUCCCGCUCGACAGAUAUUGUCCCUAG